GUCAACAAUGCAACAGCCCGAGUCAUGACAAAGAAGACCGUCAACCCAUAUGCAAACGGCUGGAAGUUGAAUCCAGUGGUCAGCGCUGUCUACAGCCCAGAGUUCUAUGCAGUUCCAGGUUUUCCUUACCCAGCAGCCAGUGCAGCAGCAGCGUACAGAGGAACCCACCUACGAGGUCGAGGACGGACCGUCUACAACACGUUCAGAGCGGCGCCGCCCCCCCACAUCCCGGCGUACGGAGGUGUUGUUUACCAGGAUGGAUUUUAUGGUGCAGAUAUUUAUGGUGGUUACGCUGCCUACAGAUAUGCCCAGCCUACUGCUGCCACAGCUGCUGCAUACAGUGACAGUUACGGACGAGUAUAUGCUGCAGACCCCUACAACCACACACUCACUCCAGCAGCCACAUACAGCGUUGGUGCCAUGAAUGCAUUCGCCCCGCUGACAGACGCUAAAACCCGGAGUCAUGCGGACGACGUGGGGCUGGUGCUGUCCUCUCUGCAGGCCAGUAUAUACCGGGGGGGCUACAGCCGCUUCGCCCCCUAUUAGCAGCCCCGCCCCCUUCCCUCCACCUUUACUCAAGCUUCCAACGGGACGGACAGAAAGUGUGUGAGCGCGCG